AUGGCCGCCGCUACUACCGCAGCUUCGGCUCAGCAGCCCACUGUUUUCCCCCAUAGCCAUGUCGGUUUCGACAGCAUCACUUCCCAAAUCGAACGGAAGCUGUUGAAGCGCGGCUUCCAGUUCAAUGUCAUGUGUGUUGGCCAAACUGGUCUCGGAAAAUCGACCCUUGUCAACACUAUCUUCGCGUCCCACCUGAUCGACUCCAAGGGCCGUCUGACCCCCUCUGAGCCCGUUCGCUCUACUACCGAAAUUCAGACCGUGUCGCACAUCAUCGAGGAGAACGGUGUUCGUCUCCGCUUGAACAUUGUCGACACACCUGGCUACGGUGACCAGGUCAACAACGACCGAUGCUGGGACCCUAUCGUCAAGUACAUCAAGGAUCAGCACUCGGCAUACCUCCGCAAGGAACUCACUGCUCAGCGUGAGCGUUACAUCCAAGAUACCCGUAUCCACUGUUGCUUGUUCUUCAUUCAGCCCUCUGGUCAUGCCCUCAAGCCCAUCGAUAUUGUUGUUCUCAAGAAACUGUCCGAUGUCGUCAACGUCGUUCCCGUUAUCGCGAAGUCCGACUCCCUCACCCUGGAGGAGCGCCAGGCUUUCAAGGAGCGUAUCAAGGAGGAGUUCUCCUUCCACAACCUGAAGAUGUACCCUUAUGAUAAUGACGAGCUCGAUGAUGAGGAGCGGGCUAUUAACGCCCAGAUCAAGGACAUCAUUCCUUUCUCGGUUGUCGGUAGUGAGAAGACUAUUGUUGUCAACGGCAAGCAGGUUCGCGGCCGCCAGAACCGCUGGGGUGUCAUCAACGUCGAGGACGAAAACCACUGUGAAUUUGUCUACCUGCGCAACUUCCUGACCCGCACCCACCUUCAGGAUCUGGUCGAGACUACCAGCCAGAUCCACUACGAGACCUUCCGUGCCAAGCAGUUGCUGGCCCUGAAGGAGAGCAGUGCUGGCGGUGGAGGUGGCCACACUGGUGGCAGCCGGCCCAUCAGCCCUUCGGCUGACCGUGAGCUUAGCCGCAACUCGCAGCGUGCCGCUAUGAACGGAUACUAA